AUGACAGAAGAAGUGAGUAAAAUAUUUGGAAAAGAUGGUAAAAACAAAUUUAAAACACUAUUAAAGAAUACAAAUGUUUAUACACAGUACGUAUGAUGUAGGUAUUUAUAUACUUUUUAUUGGAAAUUAGACAGAGGAUAUUUUAAUUUUUUAUAGCCUAGACAAUUUUAAAGAAGAUAUUGAAAUAUUAGCGAACAAAGCAGAAUUUGAUGAAUUGUUAUCAAAAGAAAGACUGUUUAUAAAAAAUGAAUCGUUUGAUUUAAACAACGUUAUUGGACAAAUGAUAUUGACGGAAUUCGGUACAUUAUAUUCUAAAAGUAAUUUGGCUACCAUAAAAGCUAUUCAUGGUGUAGAAAAAGACGUCUACCAAUAUGAAGUACAACUUGGUUCUAAUGGCCCAAUGUAUAUAGGAUGGGCUACACAGGAGUGUGUGUUUGAUAGUUCAUCGGGCGUAGGUAUUUUUAAUGAUUUUAUUUAACAUAAUAUAGAUUAAAUAUUUAGUUAUUGAUAUGUUUGGAAUUUUUAGAAAUUGAGUGCAAUACAUUUUUAUAUUUUCCCUUUUUUUACUUUAUUAUUUCAGGCAACACAAUAAAUUCAUAUGGUUUUAAUGGUUAUCGAAAGCAAAAGUGGAAUACAUCUAUAAGUUUACCGUAUGGUCAAAAAUGGAGAGUUGGCAAUGUAAUUGGCUGCGUAAUCAAUUUUUCACAAAAAACAAUUGAAUAUUUUAAGUGAGUAUUAUUUAUAAUUUAAUUUAUGAAACUAUAAACGAAAGCAAAAUACAUUAUUAUAUAAGUAUAGACAUAUUUUACAUUCUAUAUAGGUAUAAUUUUUAAAAAUGUAGGUAAUAAUUAGCUAGUACAUAAAUAAUAAUAAGAAGUAACUUAAUAAGUAUGUAGAGUAUGUACUAACUUAUUUAUUAAUAUGAAUUAAUCUAUAGUAUGUUGUUAUAUUCACAUUGUUAUUAUGAUUUAUAUCCAUAUCAUAAAUAACACGGGCAUAACUUAAUACUUUAUUGAAAAAAAGUACAUACUUACAUACUUAUGUUUCUGAAUUAUAAAUGAAAAAAGCACACUUCUCUAAGUAAAAUCAAUACAAAUCUAAUACUUCAUUGAUAAUCACAUUUUGUUUUACAUUUAUUUUUGUAUUUAGUAAUGGUCAAUCACUUGGUAAAGCAUUUGAAGAGUUCAACAUAGAAGGAAUGACAUAUUUUCCAGCGUUCACUCUUUUUAAUGAAGAAAACCUAUGUGUUAACUUAGGUGAAAGACAAUUUAAAUUUCCAAUACCAGGAGCAAAACCUGUAAUUGCUAAUCCAACAACAUUAAUAGAUUAUUUUAAACGUCUGGAAUUAAAUAUAAACUCGUUAAUUGAUAGUCAGAUCAGUUUAAAACAUAAUGUGAGAAUAUUUGCUGUAUAGUUUGAGCUUAUUUUUAAAAUGGCAGUGGUUUUAAAUUUUAGACAAAGAAAAAUGCAAAAACUGAAGAUAAAAUAAUCAUUAAUAAUGUUAUUAAUAAUGUGUUGGUUCAUCAAUUAACAUCCUUAUUGAAAAUUCCAUUGAUCGUAGAUUCUUGUUUUGUAUCAUUUUUAAAUAAUCAAAACAAAAAACAUCCCAAAAGAUUAACAUCUUUAUUCGAAUUAAUGUGGGAAAACAUAUCAGUGAGUAACAUUGUAAUUUAUUAUUUAUCCUAUUGAAAGAAUACCUAUUCGGUUUUUAACAUGUUUAUUGUUUAUUUAUUAAUCAAAUAAACUAAUAAACAUGAUAUUAUCGCUGCAUACAUGCACUUUAAAUAAAUUAUAAAUUGUGUAUUUUUGUUUGGAUCCAAUACAUUACUAUAUUGUGUAUAUGUAUAUUUUACAUCUUAAAUAAUCCAAUAACUAAAUAUAAUUACUAGGUACACUGUAAUAAUGUAUGAAUCAGUAUUUGUACAUUAUGUAUAAUUACCUACUCAAAGGAGAAAACAUUUAAUCAUACUUUUUUUACUUCACAUAAUUUAAACUAGAAUUUAAUUCUGUUUGAAUUUUUGUGUAAGUCGUUUAGGUAGGUAAUUCCAGGUCAGGUAAAUAUGAGUUUAAGUUACCUAUACAUUAUUUUAUUUGAUUUAAUUAUGAUUAUCCACUGUAUAAAUCAUACCAUUGCAGUAAACACGAAUCUAAGUGAGGAUUAAUGAUAGGAUAUUUAAGAUUGUAUUUGUUUAUAUUUUUUAGUUUUUUUUUUUUUGUGUGAUUGGUAUUUUAACAUUUCACAUACUUGAUAUAGCUAUCUAUUGUAUUACUCCAAUAUUUACCCAAGUAUAAUACUGUAAUCUUAAUUAAAUUGUAUUAUAAAUUUUAACUUUGUUUCCAAACAAAAUUAUGACAAUGUUUUAUAAAUAUAUUAGAAGACAUACCUAUAUUUUAAACUAAUAUUUUCUGAUUACCUAGGAAAAUGAAAUGAUUUUUAUCAUGGGUCAUUUAUUGUUCAGUAUGCUUUGUGAAUUUAAAUGUACAUGGAGGAAUAAAUUUGACAUUUCACAUCAAGUAAUGGUACUCAAACUUUUAAUUGAAAUUUUCCAAGAAACAAAUACUAGGAAACAAAUGAUUGUACACAUUAUAUUUAACAAAAUUAAGUAUGUGUUGUUUUAAGUCAUUUAAUAUAAAUUUUUUUGACUGAUUUAUUUUAAACUAAAUAUUUACAGAAUUGUUAAAUAUAUGUAUAGGUAAUUUGACUAAUAUAAAAUAGGUAAUAACAAGUAAUAUUUAUUAUGGGCAUAUUUAAGAGAAAACGUUUUAUUGGUAUUAAGAUUUUGAUAAAAAUAUUUAAUUUAAUUACGAACUAUUGAAAUUGAUUUUUUAAAAAAAAAUUUAAUUUUCAUACUUGUUUUAAGUAUCAUAAGUAUAAGGAAUUUCUGUAGUAGAAGUUUUGUUCACCAUUGAUAAAAAAAAAGUAUUACUUACUUCUAAUAAUUUUAUAAAAUACAUAGGCACCUACCAAUUUUAUAAAUACGAUGUUAUGGAUUUUUUUAUUCAUUCUUUAAUAACUUAAAUUGAAAAAAAACAAAUUUUUUUUUUUUAUUAUACUUUCAGAAGUAUUAAAAUCACUUGAAAUAAUUAGAUAUAAUGGGACCACAAAUUAGUGCUAAGCAAUGUUGAACUUUAUGGUUAGAAAUAUAUUGUACCAACCUAAUGUUUCGCCUUACUGUUGUGAGUUUAUUAUAUUGUUUUGACGGUUUAUAAUUAAUUUUGUUCUAUCAAUUUUGCCGAUGAAUUAUUAAACAUAAACUUCCUUUCCAGAUUUAAAUGUGUACACAACUUUUCUUCUUAGUAAAUAGUUUUUCAGCCUUAUUGUAAAUAUUUUUUCAAUAAAGUAAUUAUAGUCGUUUAAAUCCAGUAUAAACAAAUAAAUAAAUCACAAUUUAGCUAAUCAUAUUAUAAUUUAAACUAAACAAGUAAUUUUUUAAAUGAUGUAAUAAUUAAUAACACAAAGUGAAAUAUUAAAAUAGUUGUACAAUAAAAUAAAUAAUAUAUUAAACUAUACAUGAUUUAUUAGUUAUAUUCAAAAAUUAUGUUUGCAUGGAGGCAUUAGAAAAUUUUAGUGGAAUUUAUUGUAACCCAUAAACUUUAUAAAUUGUACAUGUUCAUUUGUUCAACUAAUUUUGUUAUUACGAUUAUUUUUACAGAUUUGCACAUUUUUUACAUAUUGUUGCUCCCUCUGAUGAAAUGUUUGAAACCAUGGUGCCAGUAGUAUACUGGAGUAUAGAAAAUAUAGAUUUAGAUGAAGAAUUGAAAAAAAAACUAUUAUUACAAUUUCCUCGUGACUACAAAAGCCAUAAAUCAGCUUACAAGAAUUCAUGUGACAAAAUCAAACGUUUAGUAAACGGUAUGUUAUUUAUAUUACUUAUAUUAUAUACAAUAUUUGUACUAUGUUUGUACUCUGUCAAUAAACAAUAAAUUACUGUGCAACUUUACUAUCUAUUUUUACAAAUCAUUACUUUAUAUUGUACAGCCACAAAUGUAUGGUUGUAUUUUGUAACGACCUGAUAUUUUAUAAAAUGUCAAAGCUGCUUGGAAAAAAAGUGUAAAAUUCAUAAACUACCUGCUUAGAUAUUAACACUACCUAUAUAUAUAUAUAUAUAUAUAUAUAUAUAUUAUAACAAUUUUAUUAGAAACAACGUAUGAUAUAACAAAUAAUUACUACUAUAAUACAAGGAUACUCACAGACACUUUAUGUUUUCAGAAAUAUUGCUCUAAUAAAAAAACAACAAUUUACAUUUUUUUUGUAUUUUUAAUCUAGUUGUUGAGUAAGGAAAUUGUGUUUUUUAUUUUUCGUGUAGUUUUUUUAAUAAUUGAAUAAAACCAAAAACUGUAGAAAGAACUGGAAAAUUUACGAAAAUAAUUAAUAAUAAUUGUUUUAUUAUUAUCAAUUUUGUUUUUUUAUUGUAAUACAGUUGAAUAUAUUCGUAGAGACUAGAAAUGUUGACAGACAACUUAUAUUUGCUUUUUUUAUACGUGGUAAUAUUUUUAAAAUAUUUUAGCUAUUUUUAAGCUGUUUAUAGAAAAUUAAAUUUAGUGAGUUUUACGUAAUUUUUAUGUGUUAUAGGGGCACUCUGUGGAUAAAAUUGUUUGACUAAACAGAAAUGCAUUAAAUUUUAAUACUUUUUCUUCCGAUCUACAUCAUUGUCACACUCGUCCUCAAUAUCAGCACUUUUUUUGAGCACUAACUUCUAAAAUAAUUUGUAUUUGUUUAUAAAAUUAAAUUUAUUAAACUAAUAGUUUGUAGAAAUAAGACAAUUUAAAAUCACUAAUUAAUUGUUGGUGGUAAUCACAGUGUAACAUAACCAUAUAUCCUAUGCACAUAAUUAUAAUAAAUUUGUAAAUAUUUUCAUAUUUUCAUAUUUUCAUAAAAGAAUUAGAGAAUCUUCAAAUGACAUUUUUAAGAACUCUAUUAAAUGACAACGAUCAAACCGAUACAAAAGUGAGCUCAAGAAUAUUAUUUUGUAGACGAUUCCAAAGUUUUAUUCAAGAAAACAUGAUUUACUGGAGAGUAAAUAUUAUACUUUUGUUUAUUAUUUAUAUUUAUCAUUGUGACUGUUUGAUUUUUUUAAGCUGUUCAGUGUUCAUAUUAUAUCAGAAAAAAGUUAAACUCUAAGUAAAAAUUAGUUACCUAGGUAGAUAUUCGUUUUUAUUUAAUUGAUAUUUUUAAACUUAUAAUUAGACAAACUAAUUUAAAGCAAAAUUGAAUAUCAAUUAAAUCAUUUAAUUGUAUUUAUUUAUUGGUUUAAUGAACUGUGUAGUAGAAUAAAUAUGAUAUAGAAAUAGAUCUAUCUACUAACCUAUUUACAUAGCAAAUUUUUUUGGGGAAAAUAUUUGUAUUUGUUCGUGUUCGUAUCAUAAUGUAAAAUCACUUUAAGACUAAUACUGAACAAUAUUCAAAGAAGUUUCGUUUUACUAUAUUAUUAAGUGUACAUUAUUAUUAUUAUUGAACAUAUAUUUGUAAUUUAUAUAAUUGAUUUUACUUGUUAGCCGGUCAAGUUUUUCUGUUUGUACAUUAUAUUAUUAUUCUACUAGUUUAAUAGUUUGAAUAUUAUUGAGUAUUAUAUACAUUCUACAAUAUUAAUUACUAGUUUACUGUAAAGAUAAAAAUUCAAAUUAUUUUGUGUUACUUCCAAUUUAUUUUACAUUUUUAAAUUCUUCCGAUUUUUAAAAGGUUCGACUAUAUCAAUAAAUAGGUAUUCAGUAUUUAAUAAAUAAUAAUUUUUGAUUAGGUUUUUAAAAAAUCAAUAGCUUAUCAAAAAAACAAGAAUACGUUUUAUUUAUAAUAUAUUUUUAUUGUUAAACAUUGUUUUAAACAUUUAAUUCAAUUUACCUAUUUAGAACGAUCCUAUGUUUAAACUACCGAGUCCAGUAUUACUGAGUACGUUUUUUCGUAUGUCAUUUUUGAUACGAGAACUUUGGAAUGAAGAAUUAAAAGAUGAAAAGGAAGUAAAAGUACACUCUAAUAUUUUUUAUUUAGAAAAUUACAACUAUUUUGGAAUUGACCGAAUUGGAGGCACAUUUUCGUAUUUGAGAUCUAAAUAUCAAAAAAUUAUUAAACCGAAACUUAAUACUCCAAGUGAUAAUCGUUCUUCUAGUGUAGAUGCAGAUAAUCCGGAUUAUGAGAGUAUUUCUUGUGAGUGGUAUAAAUUUAUUUAUAUAAUAUUAACGAACUUAAAUAAAUACAAUCGAUUUAUUGACUUUAAUGUAAAAUAAUAAAUUCUUAUUAUAAACAUAUUCUAAAUAAUUAGGUACUUAUGUGCUUUGAGUAUAAUAUAGUGAAAAAGUAUUUAAAUGUUACAAUCAAUUGGAAUAUAUUUAUGUAGGACAAUAAAAAUUUAGAAAAUGUUAAAUAGUUAAAAAAUGGGACACAUUUACCGAUUUGCUGAUUUUUUGCAAAACAGUCUUGUCAGUAGUUUUUUUAAUACCAACCUACUCAUACUCCCAAGUUUCAAAUUCACCCGCAAAAAAUUUCAUAGUUUAAGCUAAUUUUAAAUCGGGUUCCCGUCACACAUUAAUCUAUACCACAUGUACACUGUACAGACAGUAGUUUUUAACUGAUUUGCAAACUCACCAAAACGAUAUGGAUCCAAUCUGCUGGAUCCAAUAUGGGCAUAUGACAUGAUAUAUGAUUUAUACGACAUUAUUAUAUGAUAGUAUCUCUAAAUACUCUGUGAAUUUCUUAUGCCCAAAAACAUAUUUGAAGUCUCGAAUUCAAAUAAGAAUUUUUUUAUUUAUUCGUCGUCUGAUUAACAAAGAAAUUUGAAGGUUUUUAAACAUACUACAGGGUAAAUUGUGUGCCGAAUUUCAAACAGAUCAGACUAUUUUUACGAGGCUAGUGGUGAAUCAGCAAAAAUAUGUGACUGCUAUUUUGCUUUUGGAUACAGAAUUCAUAGGGCUAUUAUAGACAUAAAUACAUUAUAAUUAUUAUCAAAUAAAUUUACCGAUUCUUUAAGGACCAUUGCUGCCUUCAUUUGAUCUCACCAUCUCUUUCUAUUAUAAGUCGAAUUAAACGAUAAAUUUUGUUCAAUUGCUUUUAGAUCUUUAGCAAUUACAUCAAUCCACUGAAAUCUGGAGUCCUGUUUUUUUCAUUUUGUCCAUCAAAAACCUUCUUUAUCAAUUGGCUAUCCGCCGUUCUACAGGUGUGACCAAAUCAUUUUAGUCGUUUAUUCUUGUUCAACGAUAGAUUUCGUUCUGUUUAUUGUAUAAUUUACAAAAAUUGUAUAAUUGUUCCUCGUCUUUCAGUUUCUCAAAUAUAUGUUUCCUGAAGCAAUGGUUAUAACUAUAAAAACUUUUCGUUCAAAUAUAAUUUUUUUUUAAUCUGGUGAUGAAUAAGCAAACAUUUGUUGUCUGUACAUGUGGUACCUAUAAAUAAAUGUAUGUCAAGUAACCCGAUUUAAAAUUUGCAUAAGUUAUAAAAUAUUUGGUAGGUGGAUUUAAACUAGGGGAAGUAUGUGUAAGUCGGUAUUAAGUUCUGUUUUGAGUUUUAUUAUAAUCGAAUGAGUAUAGUUUCUGUUGCAAAUCAGCAAAUAACUGUUCAAAAAAUUAUAAAUAUUAAGAUAUUCGUAUGUUGAUGCAGUGGAACUUAUAAUUAAAAGUUAAAUUUCACUUAUUAAUUGAUUAGUGACUCUUCUUGCAUAAUAUAAUAUUUGAUCGCGCUGAAUAAUGAUUAAUUUAUGGCAAUAUAAAAUUAAAUUUAAAUCUCCAUCCAAAAAUAAUAAUUGGUUUAAUAUUUUAUUUUAUUAAUUAAUAUUAUUGAAUUCAAGCUGAUAUGGAUAAUGAAAUUAUAGAAAUAAAUUCACCGGUUGGUUUAGCUACCGUGUUGAAUAGAAUAUUUGGAAAUGGAAAUAAUAUUUUUCCUGUGGGAACUGCUAUGACUAAAACAUUUUCGUUUGAUCAUUUACCCACAAACAAAAUACAUAUUCUUUCUGUGUUAUUAAAUAAUAUAAUCUGUUUAUAUCACGUAGCUGGUCAUAGACAAUUAAUUGAAGUAAGAUUAAUAAAAUAUGUUUAAAAUGUUUAACUUAUUUGUACAAACCUAAUAUAAUUUUUUAAAUUCUUAGUAUGUAUCAUUCAAAGAUAGAUUAACGGAAUUAUCAAUAGAAUAUGCCUUACUAGAUUAUGAAUUAAGAACUACUAGUAAUAAUAAUGAAACUUUAGAAGAUAAUUUAAAAGUAGGUAUUUUUAUAUUAUAUAGGUAUGUUCUAUGAUUAGGUAUAUAAGAAAUUGAAAUAUUACAAUAUAUCAUACAUAUAAUAUAUAUACAUAUUUUCACAGGAAAUGACAACACAAAUCAAUUUAGCAUUGAGGCAUAUAUCCUGGUUGAUGAGCAUGGUAUUUUUGGAUUCAAAACAAAUCAUCUUAGAGUGGAUUAUUAUGAUCAUUUCUAAUACAAUAAAAUAUAGUUCAGAAAACGAAGAAGAAUUAUUCAGAUUCGUUCCAGAGUUUUAUGUAGAUAAUCUUUUGGGCUUAAUGGUUUUAAUGCCCGAUUAUACAAACACAACCCAACAAUUUGAGAAUAUUAUAAUUGGUAAUUUUACCUGUUUUAAAUUAUUUUUUAUUGGAUAGACCUAUAGGUAUCUACAUUAUUGGGAAGGAACUCGUUAGUUUUCAAAUAUGGAAACAGGAGGAACAGGAAAAAGUUGUAAGAGGAAUCCUAUUACGAAAAAAAAAAAUGAAACUAUUUUAGUGAUAGUAAUGUUUAGUGUUGGUAUCACUUCGUCAGUUACUAAUAAAUUACUGCAAUGGCACAAUGAAUUAUUUCUCCAUUUUUAUAAACAUACAAGGUACAUAUUAUCAUAUAAACCACGCGAUUUUAUAAUUAGAUAACUGAUAUGAACGGUGACGGUGAUAAUUGUUUAAAAUUGCGUGGUGACUGGCGGUCCUACCGGGAUACCUACAGGAAUUUAUUUUCAAAAUAUACAUUUUUUUCAUAUUAAUUUUUAGGUUAGGGAAUUAAUUUAAUUUAAUUUAUUAGAAAUUUAAACAUAUCAAUUCCUAGAAGUAAGAAUAGUUUCUAAUUUUAGUUGACUAUUAACUCACACUACAUUUUUGUUUUAUGCAAAUUAAGAGUCUAUACAAGUGUUAAGUGACUAAUGAAUAAUUCAUGAAAAUCUUUAAUAUCAAAUAUCUAUAAAUUUCCGAAUCAAAUUAAUUAGUGAUAUGUUCAGAUUAAGAAUAUAAGAAAAUAAUUUUGAACUGCAUAAGGUAUUCAUAAAAAAAUAAUUCUUAAAGGAGCGAGUUCCUUUUUUAUAUUAGGAACAGAAACGAAUUCAUUUUUAAAAGAACGCUACCAACAAUGGGUACAUACCUAAUAUUUAUAAGUGUACAAAUAUUAAAUACCUAUACUUUUUGGAUUUAGAAAAAAAAUGGUUAGCCUCAUUAGUAGGUGAAUUAUUACUUAAAAUGUUUGCUGAUAUUAGAAUAGUUCAUCCAAAAUCAAAAGAAUCAAUUACGCAAGGAAUAAUUUUAUAUUUGACACAUCCUAAAACAGUUGAAAUUCUUCAAUUGGUUUCAGAAAUAUCGUAAGACUUUAUAUUAAUGAAUAUUUUUUUGUAACAAUAUAUUAUUAUUAUCUAUUGUAAUAUUAAUUUUAGACGAACAAAUGCAAUUAAAGCAAUUUUAAAACCGGAAGAACGAAAUACAUGGGCUAAAACAAAUGUAAUAUUAAUGUUAAUUUGGCAUGGUUCUGGAUUUGCAUUUCGAUAUACACGACCACCACAUCUUGAAAACCAACAAAUAUCUAUUCAAGGGACAAUUGAAGAAAUAGUGUUUUCUAACAUGGGCAUUGGUCAGCUUUUAAACAAAUGAAUAAAUAAUUAUAACUUUUGACUCAUGAUUUAUAUUUUUAUAAUUAUAGCACGGAAUCCUGCAAAAGUGUUACAAGAUGAUUUCCGAACUGUUAUAAUCAACAAUAGAGAAAUUGCAUCAAAUUUUAUGAAUAAUUCUUUGAAUUAUCUAAACUGGGCCUUUUCUGAAUUCAUAAGCUUAUUUCAAGAAGUAUAUAUAUAUAUAUAUAUAUAUAUUUAUAUAUACUAUUAAUAUUAAUAUGCAUUUAUUUGUUUUAUUUAUAAUUUUUUAAAGUUAGACAAAAAAUUAUUUUGUUUAAUAUUUUAAGAAAAUGAUUUAUUUGUUAUUUUAACAAAAAUAACAGGUAAAAGAUAUUAAUAAUACAUCUUCUAUUACAUCAGAAGAAAUAAAUAAGUUAAAAAUGUGCGGUAAAAGUUUUAUUAUGACUGUAUGUUUACUCAGAGUUAUUGAAAUGGUGAUUUAUUUUGACUCUAAUAUAAUAACUGAUCAAGAAGGAUCACUUGGCAGAGUUUUUCAAGUACUUAGUUCAAACAAUUUUUUUUUUUUUUCGUCACUUGUAUAAUUAUUUUGCUUUUUUUCAGCUAAUAUGUCAAAUACUUAAUCGUAUACAUUCUUCUAGUUCUACGUUUCAACAAGUUCUAUUAUUGUCAUUACCACAUCUAGAAUGUGUACAUAAGUUUAUAAUUCUUACGGCUACAAUAGGUUUCUUAUUAUCAAUAUUAGAUAGCGAAAUUGAUGAAAAAGGUAAUUUAUUAUCUCAAUAAAAACUUCAAUAAUUAAUUUUUGUCUUUUGACUCAACAAUUUAUUACUUAAUAUUAAUUUUAUGUUUUACUUAAAAUAUAAUAUAAUUAAAUUAAAUAAUUUGUAAAAGGAAAAUUUGAAUUAUAAAGUAAUGUAAUUUUUUUUUAUGAAAAACCCAAUCUAAUUUUAUUAAUUUGAUACUGCUGUAAAUGUGCUAUUGUGGUAAAUAGGAAGUAGGGAAUGUAGUGUAGGAUACAUUAAGUUAUUUAAUUUAUAUCUAUAAAUAAUGAAGUACGAUUCUGAGUGAAGUUCAGUUCUACAUGUUUUUUAAGGCCUGACAUUUUUCAAAUAUUCGUCAAAAUUUGAUUUUUAAACUUCCAAAAAUAAAAAAAAAUCUACAACAUUACACUGGACUUUUUUUUGGGUAACUAAAUACUAUUUAUAAUGAAUUUCGAGCUAAAUUUUUAACUAAUAAUUUUUGUUUGGCUAAGCAAUUUUUUCCACAUAGUACCUAUCUUCGAAAUAAAAACGAAAAAAAUAUAAAUGUAAAAUACCAAUAAAUAUCUAAAAAAGAUUGCUUGAAUUUUUUAAAAAUUUAACAGCAUCUAAAAUAGGUUAAUACAAUAGUAUUUUGUAAUAAUGUCAAUUAUCUAUUUUUUUUAUUAUUGACCAAUCAACAAAAAUAAUCAAAAAUAGUGAAACCAUUAAUACUAUAUUUUUAGGUUUUGUAAUUCUUUACUUACAAAUUAUUAUUGAAACAACUCGAGAAAUAAAAAAAAUAGUAUCUUACUCUUCAACUAGACAACAGUUUCUUUCAAAAAAGCUGGUACUGUUAAAAUUUAGAACAAUAUUUUUAGUAGAAAAGAAUAUUUGGAAUAAAUUUAAAAUUACCUACCUAAUAAAAUUAUGAAUGUUGUAAAUUUGUCUGUUUUUCCUUUACAUCUUUUUAUGGUUAUUUUUAAUUAUUAUUAAAACUGCUAGGAAAAUCUGAAAAUGAUUUACUUACCCACUAACUAGAUGAAUCAAGUUUUCUGAUGAAAAAAAUGUUUACAGUUAAAAAAAUAAAAUACAUAUCAUUAGGACUCGGAAGUUAUAGGAGUUGCAUAUUUUUCAGUAUGGAUUUAUAGCAGAUCAAGAUGGAAAAUCUUUUUAUACAAUGGCGAUUUUAAAAAUCCAGCAUUUAAAAUGCAUAUUUUGUUAAUUUUAGAGAAAAAGUACAUAUUUCAUAGAUUUUCGUAUAUUUGUAUACAUAUUAUGAACAUUUAAUAGUUGUUAAAAAAAAUUGUUCUUUUUUUCAUCAAUGUAGUUUAAAUAAUAUUGAAUAUAAAACUCAAUAUUAUUAAACAUAGUUUUUUCUUUUUUUUUAUUAUUGUCUCGGUUUACUAUUAAUUUAACGACAAAAGUACUAUUCACAUUUAAUUUUUAUCUUUUGUGUGCAUAUUAAUAAUGUAUAUAUUUUUGAUAAUUUUUUUUUUUUACAUUUAACAUUUUUUUUAUGCAUAUUUUGCCUUUUUUACCUCUGAUAAUUUCCAAACCCUACACAUCAUAGGAAACCAAUGUCUAAUUCUCUCCGUUCAGAAUCUAACUGUAGGUAAAGAUUUGAGUAAAUUUAAUUUUCAGAAAUCAUUUAAUUUGAUAUAAAAGUUGAUUUUUUGAUGAAAUUUAGUUAUUAGUAAUAACUGAUAAUAAAAAUAUCAAUAAUAAUAAUUGUUAACAUAUUAUAAGUAAAUUAUUAAAUAAUUUAAUCUGAUGCAUAUAUUAGGUAUAUUAUAGUCAUAUUGUGUACUAUAUUAAAUAUUAAUUACAGAGGAACAUAUUGCUGAGAAUGAUAGUAAGAUUUCCAGUAUUCCAGAAGUUACUGAUGUAUUAAUUUCGGAUCCAAAUUUUAGUUUAUCAUCAUUCGAUUUUAUUAUUUUACCACCAAACGAAAAUGGUGAACCAUUUUCCUUCAACUCAUGUAAAUGAUAAUAUAUUCAAGUAUUGUAACACAUUUACAUAAUUUCACAAUUAUGUGUUAAAUUAAAUAGUUAGAUUUAUCACAUUGAUAUACAUAGUCAGUAGUCAUAGAUGAAUUUUCAAUUAUCUAUUUUCAGGAUUAGUAUUAAUAUAAAAUUAUUGCUAAAUGUUUUUAAUUAUUGAACUUUAGAUGAAAAAUAUCUCACCAAAAAAGAACUUCAAAAAAUGAUUGUUUUGUACCAACAUCUAGAUUGGUAUAUGAAACGGCAUAAGUCAAUGGCUUCUAGCAUAAAUGAAGAUGUUUUAUGCAUAAUAUGUUAUUCGAAUAAAAAUAGCAUUACUCUAGUACCAUGUGGACAUCAAUGCUGCAAGUGAGAAUAGUUUGAGUUUAUUAACUUGUUUCCAGAUGCUUAUAGUUUUUUAUUUUUAUUAUUAUUAUUAUUUAAUUCAAUAAUUAUACAGUUUUAGGUAGUAAAAUAUAUAUCCACAGAAAGAUUGUGUAUCAAACAUACUAGUAUAUUAAAUUAUAUAUAGGUAUAUAAUUGAUUUACUUAAAGAAAUAAUACUUCGCCUAUUAUUAUGUCUACUUGUAAGUUAAGCUAUUCAUGGAAAAAAUUAGAGUUCCCACAAAAAUCAAUUCCAAGUAAUUUAUAUUAUAAAUGCUCCCUAUGUGUUCUUAUGUGUGUUUGAAAAAUACAGUGGUAUAUCUAAAUAAAUAUGCCUCAGCAUGAUGCACUGCAACACGGGGGUGGUUUGUUCAUUAAUUUUCAACUUUCAAAGAUACAACGUUUUAGGAUUCAAAUUUUCCCGUAUAAUAAAAUUAAAUACCUUGACGCUCGAUGCCCGCUGUGUUACCUUAAAUUUAUCUACCAAAUACUGCAGAUAUGGGAAGUAUAUUAUAAUUAUUAUUAUUAUUAUAGUAAUAUAAUAGUACCUACGCUAUAAAAUUAUUCAUAUGGAUUAAAUUUGAUGUAACAUUUUAUUUAUAAUCUUAAUAUAAAUAUAAGUUUUACAAGAUUUAUUCAAGUUUUUAUUAUCAUUCCACAGUUGUGAACUAACAUUAUGAUAUUUCACAUAAAUUUAAAUAAUUUGAAUGUGUCUAGUAUGUAGUUCUAAGCAUAUUUUGUUAAUGAAAGAAUUUUAUUAUUAUAUUUGCAUAGUUUGGAAAAUAAUAGAGGGCUCUCUAUUAUUUUAUCAUUUAGAUAUAGGUAAAAUAGGUAAAAAUGUAAAAAAAGGGACAUACUUCGCGCGAUGGUUGGUCACUGUUGUAUGUGAGAAAGAGAAUUUAAUGUAUAUCUGUAUUCAACAAUUAAUCUUUGCUAACAAAAACGAUUCUAAUUGGAGUUACGUUAUAUAUAUUUUAAAAGGCCGUAAUAUUUAUGAUUUUCGUCAAAAUGUGAUGUAAAAAAAAAUUCUACAUUCAACUCAAUUUUUUUAUUUUACCCCAAUAUAUCUUAUAAUAAACCUGUUAAAUUUUCAAGUAUUUCUGUUUGGACCUACAAUUAUCUACAGAGUAACUACCAAAAAAAAUUAUUUAAAAACUCACAAAAUUAAAAUGUUUAUAAAUAGCUCUAUAAUGACUAACAUAUAUAAGUUUUUUGUCCAAAUUUCAAGUUUCUACAAAUAUUUUUAACUGAAUCAAAAUAAAAAAACCAAUAUGAAAAUAAUAUAUUUCAUAAAUUUUCACCUUUUUUCAACAUUUUUUGACAGUUUUUUUAUUAUUAUGAAAACUCUUUAGAAAAUGAAAAAUUAACCUCUUUAAAGUGUACGACACAGAUAAAGUUUCCUUUCAAGAAAAGUGCUACACUUAUAAAUCGGAGCAAGAUUUCUGGUAGACAAGUUGAUCACAGAUAAAAAAAAUUCAAAAAUAAACAUCAUUAUAAAAAUCCUAUCUUCGCUCAGAAUUUAAAAUUUUAACAUAGUUCUAAAAUAUUUAUUUUUCAUUGAAAAUAAUAUAUUAACCAGACUAACAAUCAAAAUACGUAUCUUUAAUUUUUCAAUGUAUUUUCCUUUUAAAUAUACUACCUCUGCAUAAAUGAUAAAAAACAAAUGUUCUAUUUAAUAUCUGAAGUUUGAGUUAUUUAAACUAUAAUUAUUAAUAACAAAAAUUAAAUAUCGUUUAAAUUUUAAAAUUGCAAAACUAUAUUUUGUUUGAUUUCUGGUCAAACAAGCUAUUUGUUUUAAAGUGAAAGAGUUUACUUAUUUCUGUUUUUUUGUUCUUUCACUAGUAAAUAAAAUUUUCAGUUGCAAAAUUGCAAAAUUGCAGUUACAAAAAUAAAAUUCUAAAAUUUAAACUUUUUGGAUAAGAAAUAAAACAUUGACUGUAGUUAUAACGUAGGUUAGGUAUUAAUUUUAAACUUUAAGAGAAAAUAUGUAAUUAAAGCAUUCACAUUUUGUUCUAGUUUAUAAUAAUUAUUUUUAAUUUAAAAAUGAUCGAAUUUAAAUUUAAAUAAUAUUAUGUUGAUAUUUUUCUUAACUGUAAUUUUAUUGUAUUACCUUCAUAAAGUGUUUAUAAAUUAUAUAUUUCAGAUUAUGUAUAAAUCAUCAUAUACUUUAUUCACGACUGUGUUUUUAUUGCAAAGGAAAAAUUGAUUCAGUUGUUGAUAUAAAUGAUUCAACAAUCAUACUCUAUGACUUUGGAAGUGAACCUCCUCCAAUAUGA